AUGCUGAUUCUGAACAAGAGGCUGAUAUCUCUGUUGGCUGUUUUGUUUUCCAUAAGCUUGGUUAUUUUUAUAUCGUCGUCGACUUCUUUCCAUGAAUGGAAAGAGGUAAAACUAUUGCAUCAUAAAUUAAGUCCCGAGUUGCAAAAUAAGUUGAAUCAGCAGUUUUCCAGUGUCGAAAACGAAGAGGUCAAACAGUACAAAGAAUAUAAGGAAGAACUUGCCGAAAAGGAGAGGAUAAGGAAGGAACUUGAGGAGAAGAAGAAACAAGAAGAGGAGAAGAAGAAACAAGAAGAGCAGAAGAAGAAGUUGGAGGAGGAGAAGAAGAAACAAGAGGAAGAAGAGAGGAAGAAGAUCGAGGAACAAAGGUUGAAAGAGGAAGAGGAAAAGAGAAAACAGGAAGAGGAGGAAAAGAGGAAAGAGGAGGAACGUAAGAAGAAGGAAGAAGAAAGGAGAAAGGAGCAAGAACAGCUAAGAAAAGAUGCUGAAAGGAGAAAGACCCAUUUUGUUAAUAUUAAGAAUUUCACUUAUUAUGACUUUGAUAAAACUGAUUAUUUGACAAACGAAGAAAUCGUUGAUUUAUUGAAACAUCUAAAGGAUGAUAAGGAACACGAUCUCACCAGAUAUCAUCAUGAAAUUGAAUUUGAUAAAAGAAUCACUCCUGCGUCGUACUUGAAUGAAAUUUAUAAGACUAUUGGUGAAAAUAACGGCGUUUUAAGUACUGAUUUGAAGUUCAAAUUUAGUUGGGCCGAUUGGUUGGAUUUUGAUUCAAGGUUAUUGCCUGGUAAAGAUUUUCUCGAAAGACACAAUAAUCAGCCAAUUAUGGGUUGUGAUGACUAUGGUGAACUGAUUGGAUUUCCUAAAAAUACACCAGAGAAACAAGAAGCCGUACCUGCUUGUUCUGGUUUGAGCGAGGAGGAGUUCCAAUCCAUGGAUAACAAUUUAUAUCCAAGAUUUAAAGUUACUGCUCCUUUUGAUUCAAAGAAGAUUUCAAUUCCAGCAAGGAUUAUUCAUGGUAGUGUUUAUUCAUUACACGAGCUGUCUCCACCAGAGCGAUUGGUUUAUGUUGAUGGUAAAACCAAAACUGAUAUCAUUGUUCCAAUUCAAGACGAAAAGCUGAAGGAGAAGCAUGUCUAUAAUCAUUCACUCGUUAGUAAGAUUACCAAUGAUGAAACGGAGGAUCCCGAGAAAUUAUACCUACCGCCGAUUAAUAAGUUGAUGCAAAAAAUUCUAGAAACCAUCAAGCCAAGUGAAAUCAAUAAAAAUAGUUCUUCAAUUUAUGAAGUUUCCAAAAUCAACCAAGAUCCUCAUACCUUGCAAGAGGAGUUGAGUUACCAAAUGUCAAGGGAGGAGUUUGAUAUGCCUAAAAAUAUGGAUGAAAUCAAACAAAGAUUACCAAACCAUGAAAUUGAAAAUUCACUUGAUAGGAAAUUAUUGGAAAAGAUAGAACUUGAAAUGAAUCUUUAUCCUAGGGAAAACUAUCCAAAAUUUUUCCACGAAUGUGAGCUAGAUGGUACUGAUGGAUCUCACUUUGAUUGGAGGUUUUUCAAUGUUAGAAGUAAAACAAACAGCUAUAAGAAAACUUCAACAUUGAAUAGAAUUAUUAGAGCCUGGUUGAGAUUUACCACAACAGAAAAUAUUCAUACCUGGUUAGCCCAUGGAACUUUAUUAGGUUACUCCUUCAAUGAGUUUAUGUUACCAUGGGACUCCGACCAUGAUGUCCAAAUUAGUACUGAGAGUAUGUGGAGAUUAGCUAAAAAUUUCAAUCAAUCUCUGAUUAUCGAUGUCACAACAGACGAUGAACUAUCAAGUGGUUAUGGUCAGUAUUUCCUUGACAUUGGAGGUAAUUUCUUUGACAGAAAGAAUAGCAAUGGUGCAAACGCAAUUGAUGCAAGGUUUAUUGAUAUACAUACAGGUAUGUAUAUUGACAUUACCAAAUUAAGUAAGGUGCAUGAUGUUGAAAAAGAUCUUACUCGAGACUUCUAUAAUAUUCAUUCUGAAAUCAAGAGUGAGUAUUUCAAGAUGUUGAAGCAAUAUGGCAUAACAGCUGAGGACAUAAUCAAAGAUGGUGAUUUAAUUGGCGGCAAUAAUAAUCAUUAUUACAGGUUUAGUGAGUUGGAGAACAUGAAGAAAUGUUUGUUUGAAGGUGAAUAUGGUUAUGUCCAAGAGGUCUAUCCUAGAAUUUUAGACAGAGAGUUUCCAAAUCGUAAAACGGGUUGGUCAUUUGCUGGGUUCACAUGGAGAUCCAAAAUCGGCCUCUGGUUGAAGGAUGAGUUAUGCACUGAAGGUUCGAACGACCGUAGGGGCGACUCAUGUAUGAAUCACGAAUAUGUCAAAUUACUAUACGAUUUCAUUGAUAAAGAUGGUCCUAAAGGGGGCGAAAGAAGACCAAUCUAUCCUGAUUGGGAAUCCGUCAUUGCAUUAGACCACAUCUUAGAUCGUGAGGGUAAACAUGAUAAAUAA